AAAAACUGGAAAGCCCUUUACUUUACUUUCUUGAGUACAGAACAGAUCUCCAAACUUUCACAAUCAUCGAAUCUCCAAUAUUUCUUUCUUUCUUCGAUUAGUCGAUUUUCUCUCCGUUCGGUGCUUUUUCUCCGAUUGGUUCUUUUAUCUAAUACGUGAUAAUAAUAAUUAUAAAUUCCUCAGCGCUUUUCUUUUCUUCUCUUGUUUUGUAAUUUGGGGUAUCGUUGAGCUAUUGUUUGGAGGAGAAGAGACGACGAGGAGAUAGGGACAGAAAGGUAAAUUCAAUCUUUGGGCGUUUUUUCUUGGUGAUGAGAAUCGAAGGAGAAGAAGAAUGAACGAUGCCGGUACUGCGUAGCGGAGCACGCAGGGGCCGGGCAGCAGCACCGAAGCAACAGCAACAGCAGCAACAGCCGAAUCCGAUCGAGGAGGGGGAAGCGAUUGCGACGCGGACUAGGCGGCGGAGGAAGGCGGCAGAAGAGGCGGCCGCAGCAGCAGCAGCGCCAGUGCCAAAAAACAACAACAAUAAUAACAAUAAUAACGACGACAAAAAUAAGAAUAAGAAACAGCGGGUGCAGGGAAUCAAUGAGAAAUUAGCUGUCGCGGCGGCUGGGGCAGCGGCAGUUAAGGUGGAGGAGAAGAACAAUAACAAUAGGGUUUUAGAGGAAGGGGAGAGAGCGGAGAAAGAGGAAGUUGGGGAGAAGGCGAUGGACGAGUUCGAUAGCGGAGGGCGGAGCAAUGAUAAGGGUAAUGCUGGUGAGGAUGAAGGCGGCACCGCACCGCUUCCUGAAAAGGUUCAGGUUGGGGGCUCGCCAGUGUAUAGAAUUGAUAGGAAGUUGGGCAAGGGUGGCUUUGGACAGGUGUGUGUAGGUCGGCGUGUUUCGGCUGUAAAUACAAAUGAUAGAAAUGGUUCUGGGGCUGUAGAGGUUGCCUUGAAAUUUGAGCAUAGAAGUAGCAAAGGAUGUAACUACGGACCGCCAUAUGAAUGGCAAGUUUACAACACUCUGGGUGGCAGUCAUGGUAUACCCCGAGUACACUAUAAGGGCCGUCAAGGUGACUAUUAUAUCAUGGUUAUGGAUAUGCUGGGCCCAAGUCUGUGGGAUGUUUGGAAUAAUAACUCUCAUACAAUGUCCAUCGAAAUGGUUGCUUGCAUUGCUAUUGAAGCAAUAUCCAUAUUGGAGAAGAUGCACUCUAGAGGUUAUGUGCAUGGAGAUGUAAAGCCUGAGAAUUUUCUUCUUGGUCCUAUAGGAACUCCUGAUGAGAAAAAAUUGUUUCUUGUUGAUCUUGGAUUAGCAACUAGGUGGCGAGAUAGUUCAACUGGUUUGCAUGUUGAAUAUGACCAGAGGCCAGAUGUUUUUAGGGGAACUGUCCGUUAUGCCAGUGUGCAUGCUCAUUUAGGGAGAACUUGUAGCAGGAGAGAUGAUCUAGAAUCUCUUGCAUAUACACUUAUUUUUCUCCUUCGAGGUCGAUUGCCUUGGCAAGGAUACCAGGGUGAGAAUAAAGGAUUCUUUGUUUGCAAGAAGAAGAUGUCAACAUCUCCAGAUGCCCUAUGUUGCUUCUGUCCGAUUCCUUUCAGACUGUUUGUUGAAUAUGUGGUCAACUUGAAGUUUGAUGAAGAACCUAAUUAUGCGAAAUACAUAUCUCUCUUUGAUGGGAUAGUUGGUCCAAAUCCAGAUAUCCGCCCACUUAACACAGAAGGGGCGCAGAAGCUUAUUUUUCAAGUUGGUCAUAAGAGAGGCCGGUUGACGAUGGAUGAGGAGGAAGAUGAACAACCAAAGAAGAAGGUUCGUAUGGGCAUGCCAGCGACGCAAUGGAUUAGUGUUUACAAUGCUUGUAGACCUAUGAAGCAAAGGUAUCACUAUAAUGUGGCAGAUGGAAGGCUUGCGCAGCACAUUGAGAAAGGAAAUGAGGAUGGCUUAUUUAUUAGCAGUGUAGCUUCCUGUCAAAAUCUAUGGGCCCUUAUAAUGGAUGCUGGCACUGGAUUCUCUUCACAAGUCUAUGAACUCUCACCCGAUUUCCUUCAUAAGGAAUGGAUAAUGGAGCAGUGGGAGAAGAACUAUUAUAUCAGUGCAAUAGCAGGCGCUACAAAUGGAUUCUCCUUGGUAGUAAUGUCAAGGGGUACUCAGUAUUCGCAGCAGUCAUACAAAGUAAGCGAGUCCUUUCCUUUUAAGUGGAUUAACAAAAAAUGGAAAGAGGGUUUUCAUGUUACCUCAAUGGCCACUUCUGGUAGCAGAUGGGGAGUUGUUAUGUCUCGUGGUGCUGGAUUUUCUGACCAGGUUGUUGAACUUGACUUCCUUUAUCCUAGUGAAGGCAUCCAUCGUCGAUGGGAUUGUGGGUACCGAAUAACAGCAACUGCAGCAACUUGGGACCAGGCUGCUUUUGUUCUUAGUGUGCCAAGAAGGAAGCCAAUGGAUGAAACACAGGAAACUCUCAGAACUUCAGCAUUUCCUAGCACACAUGUCAAGGAGAAGUGGGCGAAGAAUCUUUACAUAGCUUCGGUUUGUUAUGGACGAACAGUUUCAUGAGCUGCCCCAUUCGUUUAAGACGUUGGCGUGUCAAACUGUCCACAAGCUGGAGCCCUUAGUGUUGGAAAGUUGCUGCUCUGUAGGUAGGCUUAGAGAAAUUUUGACCAGUACAGGCUUUACUUAAUUGUAACUAAAGUAUAGAAACUUGUAGUUGAACUUUAUGUUGCGUCCCUCCAUUCCAUCCAUUGUGUGGAAUUUAUCUUCUGCUGGCUGAUGUCUCCGGAAAGCCCAAAAUAAUGGGUCGGUGUGUUAACUUUGUAUAGUCUCCAUUAAUAUACAUACACCUACUUUGUUCAGCUAGA